AAACAUUCGAGUCCACUGUCGAAUUCGUCCCCCUUUGUCCUUUGAUAGAGAGUUGGAUCGUUCAUCUCCGCAGAGCUGGAAACAGUCCUAGUGAGGUGGGCUCUUCCUGGCCGCCCGCCGGCUGACAAGAUGUACAAUUUUGAAAGAGUGUACGGCCCAGCAGAGUCUCAGGCAGUGGUAUUUGAAGAUGUGCGGCCCCUCCUCAUAUCUCUCUUGGAUGGGUACAACGUAUGCAUUAUGGCAUAUGGACAGACUGGAAGUGGGAAAAGCUACACCAUGUUGGGUCCUCGCUCUGAAGAGAGGUCUGGGAUGCCUUCAGGUGCUGAUGAAGACUCGGGGAUCAUACCCAGAGCAGCCGAGGAACUCUUCAGGCUCAUUUCAGAAAACCCUUCAAGAAGCCCAAAGGUUGAUGUCUCCAUAGUAGAAAUUUACAACAACAACAUCUUUGACCUUCUGGCCAAAGACAGUUCUGCAGUGAUGUCUGGGGUUAAGUGCCAGGCGGUGACAACCCAGGAGGGACGUUCAGAGGCAGCCAAGCUGACCUGCAGGGCUGUCAUGAGUGCCGUGGAGUUUGUGGGGCUCAUCCACAGAGCUGUGCAUCUCAGAGUGCAGCACCCCACCCUGGUGCACAAGAACUCUUCCAGAUCUCACUUAGUUGUCACGGCAACUCUGACCACAGCUUCCUUGGGCAGCACUGCCCUACAGUCCAGCCAGUCCUCCGCUCCAGUGGAUUCUGCAGACCGUGCUGGCCAGCUGCUGGCCAGGCUGCAGCUUGUGGACUUGGCCGGCAGUGAGUGUGCAGCUGUGUCUGGGGUGACUGGCGUGGCACUGAAGGAGGCCUCCUUCAUCAACCGGAGUCUGGCUGCCCUCGCAGAUGUCCUCGGAGCUUUGUCAGAGCACUGUGACCACAUCCCGUAUCGGAACAGCAAACUCACUCACCUGCUUCAGGACUCAAUUGGUGGUGAUGCAAAGUUACUGAUGAUUCUGUGUGUAUCCCCUGGGCAGAAGCACAUGGCAGAGACUCUACGAGGCCUAAAAUUUGGGGCCCGAGCUCGGCAGGUUGAGCGAAGACCAUCCAGAAGGAGACCACCCAGCUCCCAGAUGCGGAAGCCAGGGAUGGGCCUGGCAUGGUAACUGGCUCUUCCCUGAGAUUUGCUUCUUGUCAUUGCUUUGGGGUGUGAGUGCUUCAGAAAUAAACAGG